UUGGUAUUCUGCCCAUAACUGGCAUCGGCCACCCUGCCAACACACAUAAAUUACAUUUUGUUUUAAACAAUUGAAAAGCCAAAAUAAAAGUAAAAUACGACAACGAGUUAGCGGCAUUUGUAAAACCAGCAUCUAUAGGACGAUAAUUAUUGGCCGCCAUGUGUUAGCUGCCGGAACGCCGCCCCGUAACGCGUUUCUCUCGGUCUGGGAUUUUCGACCCAAAACAAGAAAAAUUCGCACGCCGUCGCAACGAAUUCGCAAUGCGCUACCGCUGAAAAUCGAGGUACCAUACAGCUUUUACGCCUUGGCCAAACUAACAAACUAAACGCAAAGAAGCCAAUAACGCUUUGGCGAAAGCCACAAACAACUGGCAAUGGAGCUGAGCGGCGUAAACGUGGGCAAAAGGACGUUGGCCAGUUCAAAAGACCGCGUGCUUGUGGCGUAGCGUGCAAGGGAGGUUAUCGCGCAAGGACCACGAGAGCGAAGCGGCUCCUCGUUCGCUCGCAGAAAACGAAGCGGCUCCCUUCCUCGCCUCUCGCUCCGCUCGCCUGCCUGCCUGCUCGCCGAAAACGAAGAAGAAAUCCUUCCGUGGGUGGUGGUGUUGGUGUGAAAAAAGUGCGUGCGGUGCGAUACGGUACGGUCUGUUUAUGGGCCAAUUGGAGCCGCAUCUUGGGAGUUAGCAGCUCCUCGAUUCUGUUCAACUAUCCUCUGUCCAUGUGGCAGGACCUUCCGUCUGGCGGGUGCAAAAUUAGACGAGGUUCUUUCCCUUCUUCCCCUGCCACUCUCUCUCCCAGCUGUCCCUUUACCAGUUAACUAUCACAUUCCCACGGAUUGCUAGACACCCUAUGAUCCUGGCUGCCAAUUAGUCCUGUGAUGGCUAACAACAAUCACCCGCAUCCGGGCCAUCUAAGCCAGGCGGCGCAGAACCCAUCAUGGAAUCCCCUGCAAAUUCCAUCGUAUAUACCGCGGCAGCCGCAGUUGGCGCACAUGUCGAAUGAACGGCCCGGCAUGGUGCGCUCUCCGCUGGCCUGGCACAUGACCGGGGGCAACUCAGCCCCCGCCCAGCCGCCACAUCCUCAUCCGCAUCCGCAUCCACCGCCGCCACCCGAUGCCAUUUACAAUUUUAUGUCGGCCAAUCACAAAAACCUGGAUCACCAUCAUCAGAUGAAUCCAUUGCUGGCGCCGCCAUACACUGGAACAUUACCAUUCGACUCCAUGGACCUGUCGCUGCAAUCCGCCCGCAAUGCGGCCCAGCCGUUGGCCAAGCAGCAACAGCAGUCGCAGCCACAACAGCAGCACCCGCAACACCAGGCGCAGCAACCACAGCCGCAAUCGCUCAUCCAUGCCCCUAACUACACAUCAAUCAGUCAAAAUCUCACGACCAAUGCCGCGCAGCAGCAGCAACAGCAACAAGGGCACUUGGCCGCCAUGGCUGCUGCCCAUGCCAGCUUACUGCAGUCCAGCGGCCAAAAUCCAGUGGUUCCUGCUCCUGGAAUCACAAAUGGUGCUGACUGUGAAUCGCUUCUGCCGCCUCCGCCACCCGCAUCCGUAUCCUCCGGCAACAGCAAUCAUGGCGGGAGCAACAACAGCAGCAGCAGCAACAACAACAUACCCAGCCCGCACUACAUGCCAACUCGCGACGAGAACUUUAAGCUGGCGCAGCUGAAACGCAGUUUUGACCACGAACUGGCGGGGAAGAACAUGCCGAAGGACAAAGACUGCGGCUACCCGGGAGCAGGACCAACCAAGCUACCUGCGCACAACGUGCAACAGCAACAUGCCAAUAAGAAACCCUCGCCAUUACGCAACUUCCACCAACAACAGCAGCAGCCACAGCCGCCGUACAACUUGGCAGCCAAAUUCAAUGGCCCGCAGACACCACCCACUCCUCAGUCACCGCUGGGGUCUGCACCACAUCAGAUGCAAUCACCCACCAUGGACUACAAUCAGCUGCAUUUGCAUCAUCCACUGAAUAGUGCGGGAGGAGGUCCGGUUCCAGGAGGCUACCAGCACCUGCAGCCGGAUCAGUCACAGUCACAAUCACAGCCGCAGUCGCAUCCUCAACACUUGCACUAUCUCAACCAGCAACCGCCGUCUCUGCCACCCCACUUGACCAAUGCCCAGUUUCAAGGGCAACCGCAGGAUGUGGUCCACCAGCAGCAGCUGGGAGCCACAACACCGCAGCAACAGCAGACACAUCAUUCCCGCAAUGCGCAACUGACGAAUCUCGACCUGGCAGUGAAGAGCAAGCCGGAUUCGGAAGCUGAGGAGCAGCCGGUUAUUACGGAUCUCUCCUACCGGAACGCAGAUUCGGAGAAGCCUGCUCCGGAGGCACCUGAAUCUCCCUACCUGACGACUUCCAACGAAGAGUCGCUGGAGUCCAAUAGCAACAGCAGCAAUAGUCGGAAGCGUCGCAAACGAAAAUCCAGCAUGGUGAUGCGGGUUACGCCAAACGAAAAUGCCCCCGAAGGAGCAACUACGAACAAGCAGCAACAGCAACAGCUCAUUCAUGGCAACAGCUGUAGUCCCAAAAACGGAGGCACUGAGUUCCAGCCGUUUAGCUUGCAGAAUGAGAAGGCGCCGCAGGAGAACGGAAGCAACGGAUCGCCGGCACCGGCGGAGAACAGCAAUAGCAACAGCUCAACGCCGUAUAAUGACAAUGAGAACCCCAAGACCAAGAAGCAGCGGCAGGCCCUGCUGCAGCGGAACCUCACCGAGCAGCAGCGACAGACCCAGGAGGAUGAGCCAAUGAAGAAGUUGACGCCGCCGAGCAUGCCACCACCCAGUCCGCAGAGCAAUAGCAGCAGUAGUAGCUCGAGCAGCUCCAGCGCCAACACCCAUAGCAGUCGGGCGAGCAGUGAUAUUCGUAGGGAUCAAAAGGUGGAGGUGAGCAACAAGGCCAUCACCGAUACCCCUGCAUCGCCCGCCCUCGUGGAGCAGGGCAACAUAGAUGCUAGGCCGGCGGUGAGUGUACACGAGUGCGACGAGGAAGAGGAGUCGGCGACGAACAAGUCAUCCCCUCCAGCUGCACCUCCUGCCCCACCUGCUGCAACAACACCGGUGACGGAAUCUCCGAAGAAGACCGAAGCUGAACCCUGCCCCUUUGGCGAAGUGGAGGAUAAGCUGGAGCAGAUGUUCGCCGGCAUCGAGGAGGAACCAGAUCGCACCUGCACGCCAGAGAAGUCUACCGCGGAGACGGGAGAAAAUGGGAAUCACGAUUUGAGCGCACAGCUGGCUCUGGACAGCGCUAAACCAGAAGAGGCGCCAGCGGAAAAGGUGGAAGCGGCGCCAGUAGUUACCCCAACGCCUGAAAUACGUCCCAUGGCGACCAAGGCGGCGAUGAAGUCCACGAUGCCCAGUCCUGUGCACAGUCCAACGCCAGAAGCCCGCUCCACCUCAACUCCCUUAGCAGCAGUGGAUGAGGAGAGAGCCAAAGAAUCUGCUGCCCCCAAAGCACCACCAGUUCGCAGGCUACCUCAACGCCGCCUCUCCAUGGGAAUGGAUGCCUCCCUGCUACGGUUUAUGAUAGACGACCCACCCGCUAAGAAAGCGACGGCACGAAAGAAAAAGGCGGCAGAUCCAGAGCCGGUGGAUGACGAGGAGAUUGACGACGACAAGCCCAGUACCUCGGCCGCAGCAGCGGCUGCACUGGCAGCUAGGUUGGCUCCCAAGGGAAAGGCUGCCCCUGCAGCCAAGAAAAAGAAUGCCGGAAAAGGUAAAAAGGGAGGAGCAUCGGGAAAAGGCUCCGGAAAUGCAAAGAAUGCCAAGCAGAAUGGCAAGAAGGCCGGACGAAAAAUGCACAACAACACCACGGAUGAGGAUAGUACCUCUGCGCCCACAAAUGGAGUGACUUCCGCCCCGGACCUCAAGGGCAAGUCCCCAUUCAUACUCAUCAAGGCUGACGGAAGUGUGACCAUUAAAAAUACGCACAACGCCGAGGAUGUGAAUGAGAAGCAAACGAAGGCCAAGAAGGCGCCGCACGAGCGGAAGAACCUUCGGGGCAUGCACAGUUCAACGCUGAGCAAUCGCUACGACGCGGACACCACGGACUCCACCUGGAUAUGUGUGUUUUGCAAGCGCGGCCCCCACAAGCUGGGCCUGGGGGAUCUCUUUGGGCCGUAUUUGGUGACCAGUGACUGCGAAGAGUACCGGGCAGCUCUGCAGGCACCGGGUGUCCAGGACAUCGAUGGUUUAUUUGUCAGUAAGCGACGGCGUGAGGAUAUGGUGAAGGUGCAGGAACGAAAUCUACCCGUUGUGCCCGCCACUCUGGCCACCAUUAUGCAGGCUCCCAAGAUCAGCAUGCAUAAACGAAAACGAAAACAGACGCAUGACAGUCAAGUGUCUUAUAGCGACGAUCCUAAUGAAUCGCAAUCGCAAUGCUCAUCGAUGGACCCGCUGGACUGCAGUCACGAGACCAAGUUCGUGGAGACGUUUCGCGGCAUGGGCAAGACCUCGGAGCACGGCUACGAGGUGUGGCUGCACGAGGACUGUGCCGUUUGGAGCAAUGACAUCCACUUAAUUGGCGCCCAUGUCAACGGACUGGAUGCGGCUGUGUGGGACAGCACACGGUAUCAGUGUGUGCUCUGCCAGCAGUCGGGGGCCAAUAUCUGUUGUUUCCAGCGGUGCUGCAAGGCACCCGCCCAUGUUCCCUGCGCCCGAUCAGCCAACUGGAGUUUAAGUGAAGAGGACCGCAAGGUCCACUGUCAGUUACACAGCGGAGAGUCGGGUGUUGCCGAAUCCGUGAAAUUGGAGCCCCUCAUUCCAGUCGUAUCGGUAGUUACACCCGCUCCUGCUCCAGCACCACCGCCCGCAUUCAAUGUUCAUUCGCUUCCCUGAGUACGAGUGCGCGUCCAGAAAUGCCGCCUGGUCGCCGAGCGUUGAGCGUUGAAGGCACAACCCCGAAUCCAAAUCCAAAUCCAACAAUCCAAUCCAACCAACUCCCAACACCACCCGCAGUUCGCUGCAGCUUUUACUUAAGCUUUUGUACAUAAGUUACUACCGACUGCCGUUGCCGCCAGGAGGGCAUUUCGUAAUCCGUGAAGUGUUUUUUGUAUAAAUUCGCUGUACAUUUUUAGGCUUUGACGCACCGCACAGGCGAUAAUCACAGCAUCCUUAGUUGUUUAUAUUUAAGUUACUCCUAAAACCCUAAAUUAUUUUUUCGGCUAGUACUACGCACUAUUCAUUAGUACCUUUUAGUUCUAACUACACGUAAGCUUGAAGACUCCCAUCAAACAAAAACAAAGCCCACGACGUUAUACCCUGCAUCACAAAUGCCAAUUGUAUCGAUUUAGUUCAAAUUCAAACUGUGUGUAUAAACGACGAAUACUCCAUGCCAUACCUACGAUAACUACCGAGUAAUCCAGAUAGCUGAUCGUAGACAUCAGGAAGAUUCCAAUCCGAUGCGAUGAGAUGAGGAACGUUGCAGUAGAGUUACUUAUAAAUAGAAAAUGUUUGACACCAAGUAAGCGAUAACAUUCGAUGCCCAAUUUAAAAUGGAAUAUUGUACAACAAUAUAAAUAAUAUAACUGAUAAACAAAAACACAUAUGCGACAAAAAAUAACAAUGAUAAUAGAGUGGUAAUGUAAAAGUUAAAGCCAGCUAAAUUAAACCUUGUAUUGUAUUCGUAUUUGGUAAGAUCUGUACGUAUUGCUGAUAAUUUUAAACCCUAAAUUCGUAUAAACAAUAAAAACUUAAUCUCACAAGCAACUGAUUAAAUGAUUCGUA